AAAAUAGAUAAAUUAUAUCUUUCGGUAUAAAUAAAUAUUCACAUCACUCAGAAUAUGAAAACUAACUUUAUAUUUUUAAUUCUUUUUCGUCGAUUUUAUUGUUUCUCUUAAAUAUUUACUGUACAUAUUUUUUUAUAAUAAAAUGUUUUUCAAAAUUUUUUUUCUAAAUAAAUCAUUUACACUAACUGUUGUUGGUGUAUCAAGUUUUUAUUUUGGGAUGUGGUGGAAUAAGUUUAAUACAUCAUCAAACCCUUAUAUUUCAAGUUUUAAAAUAUUUGAUGCUGUAAAUGCAGAUAAUGUUGUUUCUAUGGAUAGUCAAAUUACUAGUCUCAAAGAACAAAGAAUUUCACAAAUUAUGAGAUAUGGGUUUCCAGGUAUGGAUAAUAUACGGUCAUACAGCAACUUUGUUUUGUCAUAUGAUCAGAGAAAUCGCAUACCUCAUUGGGUUUUAGAACAUUUAACACCUGAAAGUGUGAAGUAUAAUUCCAAUGUUGAUAGGUCAUUAUGUGAAUUUUUCGAGGAUACAUCUUUCCAUCCAUUUUUUAGAGCAACAAAUAAGGAUUAUAAAAACAGUGGCUUUGAUCGUGGUCAUUUAGCAGCAGCUGGAAAUCACAAAUCUAAUCAAGAAUUAGUAAAUCAAACUUUUGUUCUUUCAAAUAUUGCCCCUCAAGUUGGAAAUGGGUUUAAUAGAGAUGCUUGGAAUCAGUUAGAAAAAUAUGUAAGAAAAAAAGCAAGAUAUAAUAAAAAUGUUUAUGUUUGUUCUGGACCAAUGUUUUUACCAAAGAAAGGAGAUGAUGGUAAAUUAUGGGUGAAAUAUCAAGUAAUUGGCGAUAACCAUGUAGCUGUCCCAACACAUUUUUAUAAGAUUAUUGUAAUUGAAGGAAAUGAUUCAAAGUUCUAUUUAGAAAGCUACAUAAUGCCCAAUCAAGUGAUUCCAAAAAAUAUACCUUUGAAAGAUUUUCAGAUGCCUUUAGAGCUAAUUGAACGUGCAUCAGGUUUGCAAUUUUUCAAACAGUUAACACUUGAUAAAUUUGCCAAAAUCAACAAUUAGAACCAUAUAUUAGUCAAAAUUACUGUUAAUUUAUAUUGAUAGAAAUAUAAUAUUUUUUUUAUAAAGGAAGUAUUAAUUUUCAUAAUUGUAUUUAUAUUUAUUUUUUAAUCAUGUUUAUCUCUAAAUGUUAUUGCUUCUAUAUUAAAAUUCAAUUUUUCAAUUGUUUUUAUA